AUGGCACGGGCCGUCGCACGCCUUGCGGAACGGGCGGCUGCCAAGAUCCAGGCACUGUUCAUAUCUGUUCAUGUUGCGUGUUGCAAGGGCAACUUUGGACGGGACCACGACACCUCCCUGUGUUUGAUUGUGAAAGUGAAGUUGGCAAAGGAGAAAGCUCGAGAGAAGUUGCUCGGCGGUUGUUGGCUGUGUUCAUAUUGCAGCGUGGCCGCCAUUUCCAAGAAGAGGAUGGAAGAGACCAUUCAAACAGAAGUGCCAGAGCAACCGUACUGCCAAGAGAUUGCUGCUUGCAAACGUCGACGCGGCCGCUUGCGGAAUGAGAUCUUCGGGGAGUCCAUCCAAGUGGAGUCCAAGGUCACAAGCCUUUGCCGUUUCAGGGAGCUGGAUGCGUCCAUCAGUGACUACAUGGAGGCAGUUCUGAGACCGGCUUGCCUCUUGGUGCAGAAUCUGCUUCCAGACUAUGAGGUGGUGAUCCAAAACAAUGACAAUGGACAGAGUGAAGAAGAGGGAGGUAUUGCUCCAUUCGUGGCCCAGAGCAUGGAGUUGAUACAGGUCAUGGCCAGCAGACCAAGACUGAAAUCUCUCCUGAAGAAUCGGGUGAAAAAUCUGAUACAGCUUUUCGCACCGUUCAUGCGGAUCACGGAGGCCCAGGCAGCGGCUUGGCGAAGUGAUCCGAACGAAUAUUUGCAGCAGGAGGAGGACGACCACUUCAGGGGGUGCAUGGUGCGCCUAUCCGGAGAGGGCUUGCUCUCAGUGAUGCUUGAGAGCUUCAAGAGAGAAGCUUCACGUUCUUUAGCCAACGUGGUGGAGAACGUGAUUCAAAAGGGAGAAGCUGGCCGUGCAGCAGGCGAUGCCAAUGCCUGGAAGUUGACGGAGGUCUACAGUGGCGGAAGGCCCUUCGAAUUUCCUUUGCUAGUUGCCUCUAACGUUGGGGCAGAUGGUGAUGGUCGCUCGCUGGUAUUGCCUUUGGCGCUCUUCGCCGGAACUGGAGCUGCUGCCGGAUAUGUGCUUUAUUUAGAGCAUCUCGAUGAGAGCAAGGUCCGAGGGCCGGCCCUCUUCCCCGAGGAGGUUUCAAGUCCAGACAAUCCGCGGGUUUGGUUUGAUGUCUCUGUGAAUCACCGACAAGUUGGGCGAGUCGAGUGCGAACUGUUUAAACAGAUAUGCCCAAAAACCGUGGAGAACUUCCGCUGUCUUUGCACUGGAGAGAAAGGCAUUGGAAAGUUGGGCAGGCCACUGCACUACAAGGAGUGUCCCAUUCACCGGAUUAUGCCAGGCCUAAUUUGCCAAGGAGGCGACUUCGUAAAUGGCAAUGGCUCUGGUGGUGAAAGCAUCUAUGGCACUGCCUUUGCAGAUGAGUUUGAGAGAGGGGUAGUUCUUCACUCCAAGCCAAUGCUGCUAUCCAUGGCCAAUACUGGACCCGACACAAAUGGCUCGCAGUUUUUCAUUACGUUGUCGAUGGAGAAGAUGUGA